AUGGGCAAGAAGCCGGGAAAGAAGGAGGAGAAGCAAACCAGGUCGCAGUGGGAGGGGAAGCACCCGGAGCCGAAGUCAAGAGUUGAUGAGCGGAAGGUGGUGGCGACGGUCUGCAACUUGCUCGAGUUCAAGCUCGACUGCAGCCCUUCCACAAAGAUCUCUUUCAUAGUUGAUCGAAUUGUCGACCGCCAUGGCUCCUUGGCCUCUUUGGAGCACGUGAGCAUCAUUGCGGAAAUUCUGGUGGAACAAAAGCCGUCGUUGGAAGAGUGCGGUGCCGAGUGUUCUGGCUCCCACGACAACAAAAUCUGCCAGCAGAUGCGUGUGACGAAGUGCAAGGGGAUGCCGACAAUCGAGGAGCUGAAGAAGAUUAUCGCCGCCCAUGAGGUGAAGAUCGAUGAUGCCGAGCAGGAGGCCGCGAACGAGCCGAACCGCAAGAAGAAGAAGGAUCUGGAGAACGCCUUGAAAAAGCUGCAAAAUGACGAGAAGUACCUCAAGGCAAAGGAGGAUGUCAAGGCCGCAGAGGCCCAGGCCCAAAAAGAAGCAGAGCGAGCUGCUUUGAAUGGCAAGGCUGCAGACAAAAAGGGCGAUAAGACGGCCAAGAAGAAGGAUGAGCCGAAGGCCGCACCAAAGGCAGACGCCAAAGCGGACGAGGCAACCUUCAAGGAUAUCGACGAGGCUUUCGCUGCCUCCGGCAAGGAUGCCGCAGACAAGAAGGCCGUUGCCAUCAGCACCCUGGAAGCUUUGUGCGCGGCCACGCCGUUCGUUCUGCCAAGGCUGCCACAGCUCAUCCCCCUCUUCGACAACAGCAAGCUGGCAGCACCUGCUGUCAAGGCAGCCACGGCAAUCGUUGAGGCAGUUGCCCCGAAGGGUCAUGGCAUCGCAGAACUGGUAAUGCCAACCCUUCUGGCCGGCAUCGACGACAAGAAGUGGAAGGUGAAGGUUGGGUGCAUCCAGGUCAUGCUUCCAGCGCUUAAGCAGAUGGAGGAGGGUGUCACCACGCUGCAGCUGUCCCAGUGGCUGCCCACAAUUGUGUCCAAGCUUGCCGAGGCCGCUUUGGAAGUCCGCGCGGAGAUCCGAACAGCAACAGGGGCGGUCUUGAAGGAGAUCGGCGCUUUUGUUGCCAGCCCGGAGAUCAAGGCGCUCUCGACGGAUCUUGUCACGGCCCUUGCAGAGCCUACGAAUCAAAAGCACACCCAGGGUGUCCUCGCAAAAAUGGGCAACACCACCUUCAAGUCAAUGAUCGACGAGGCAUCUUUGGCCUUGCUCUUGCCCAUCGUCAUGCGUGGUCUCAAGGACAGAGAAGCCACAAGCAAGAAGUGGUCAGCACAGAUUCUUGGAUCUGCUGCACUUCUCGUGCGUGAUGUGGAUUUCCUCAAGCCUUACCUCAAGCCUGCGUUUUCCCUUCUCCAGGCAGCUCUGAACGACUCCGUCCCAGAGGUGCGGCGAGAGGCUGCCAAGGCAUUCGGCAUUUUGGAGCAAGUGCUCCCUGAAUGGUCUCGCACUGUCUGCCAGCCCUACCUCUUCAGCAAGCUGCGCGCUGGCGAUGCCUCCGAGCAGAUCGGGGCAUCCCUGGGCCUGGCCGAGGUCUUCGUACGCAUGGAGAAGGCCAAACUCUCGCAGCUCAUUCCGGAAGUACAGAAGGGCGCCAACGACGAAAAGUUGGCUGUGCGACGAGGGUUCCUGGAGCUCAUGGACACAAUGCCGCAGGCCAUGAAGAUGGACUUCGUUCCUUUCAUUGAGCGCUUGUUCCCUGCUAUGCUCAUGGGCGUCACUGGUGAGAAGGACAUCACCGAUGAUCCAGCCCUCAAGGCCGCCCAGGCCCUCGUGGGCCGCUUCGGCGAUCUGUGCCCGGAGCUGCUGAUCUCCGCCUUCGAGGGCGCGUACGCCGCCGCCCUGGGGUCAGGCGAUUGGAAGAAGUUUCAGAUUGUGCGCGAGAAGUCCAUGCAGCUCCUCCUGAAGACUGCGGAGAAGAUCCUUGAGCACAAGAAGUUCGGCCAAGACCUCUUGACCUGUGACGAGUGCUCAUCGAAGGAAAUCCGACUCCGAAUCCUGAUCCUUGCCUUCGUGGCCCGCAACGAUCCGGAUGCUGCGGUGAAGCGCGUGGCCAGCAACGUCUGGAAGACCUCUGGCGGCUCACCCAAGAUGCAGAAGACCAUCGCCCAAGAGCUGAGCGACUCAAUUGCAAAGUGGCGUUCAGGUGCCAUGGGUGCCGGGCUGCAGAAGGUUGCAAAGGAAGCACUUGCCGAGCUGGUCAAGGCCGGCGAUGCCGAGCAGCCCGCGGAGGAGCCCGAGGCCGUGAAGACUGACUUCGCCUUCGAGGCUGCGAAGACCUCGAACGAGGAAGCCGCUCGCAUCGCUGCAGGCGAGUCUCCCAACAGUCAAGAGGAAGGUGAUACUGCCACGAAGGAGGAUUGCCAGAUGGUGAAAGCGGUGAGUGGUUUCUUCGAGCAGAAGACAGAGUUUGGUUCCCUGCCAGGAGACCUCCAGAAAUUCCUUUUGGCCGUUUCUGCCAGUGUCAUCCGAGAGGGCCACAAGAAGAAGAUGCCGGGACCCAAGGUCGUGGAGGAGCUUCAACUGGCCCUCCAGCAAGCUUGCGGCUGCUGCAAGGAACAGGCCGAAGGCUUCCUCAAGACGUUGCCGGAGUCGUCGGAGGCUGUUGCGCGUGCGGCCCUCGGCGCGGACUUCGAUGCCUUGGCGGGCGAGGGUUACGAUGCCGAUACGCUGUUGCGCGUGGAGAACAUGCUGCUGAUGUACGGCGCAGGCAAGCUCCUUCUGAAGGACACGCUCCUCGAACUGAAAGCAAAUCGUCGCUACGGUGUCGUUGGUCACAACGGAGCAGGCAAAACGACGUUGAUGAAAGAGAUCGUCCAUGGCCGCAUUGUGGGCAUGCCGACUCAUCUUCGCUGCGUUCACGUCGACGAUUCCAAGCUGGGAGAGAUGAGCAAAAGCAGCUUGAACGCCUUGGAGUACGUGAAGAUGAAGGCCAUGGAGAUUGGCGUCACGGAUGCCAGCGCAGACAACCUCCGAAGAGUUGGCUUUCCAGAGAAGAUGUUCGAGGUCCCAGUGGCCGAGCUUUCCACAGGAUGGCGCAUGCGGCUGACUCUGGCCGUGUCCAUGCUGAAGCACGCAGACAUUGUUCUGCUGGAUGAGCCCACGAAUCACUUGGAUCAGGAAUCCGUGGACUGGCUUGGAGAUUAUCUCCUGAGUCUCACGAAGUCCUCCGUUAUGGUCAUUUCCCACGAGCCCAAGUUCCUCAACAAGAUCUGCACCGACAUUAUCUCCUACAAGGACAAGUCACUGGUUUACACCGCAGGAAACUUCGAUGCUUUCGUCAUGGCCAAGGGCAUCAAGGCUGACGACAUCGAAGCGCUGCUUUCCGGCAACUUGAAGCUCGACGAGGACGAAGAGGGCGAAGAGGGCGGUGAGGACAAGAAGGCGGCCGUCGUUCAAGCUCCCAUUGCCGGCCCGCCCAAGAUUGCAUUCCCGAUCCCUGGUUCCGUGGAGGGAGUGAAGUCGAGCUCGAAGGCUGUGAUUGAGUUCAAGAACUUGUCUUUCCGCUACGGCAAGGACAAGGACUACCUGAUCAGCGACGUGGCCGGCAAGCUGUCUUUGGGCUCUCGCGUUGCCAUCUGCGGACGAAACGGUUGCGGAAAGUCCACCCUCAUGACGCUGAUUUGUUCGGAGAUGAAUGCCACGGAGGGCAAGGACGGCAAGCUCGGCGACGUGACUCGCCACUGCAACUUGCGAGUGGCCUACAUGAAGCAGGACCACCUUAAGACCCUCGGACCAUACUUCGACACAUCUCCCUUGAACUACAUCACCCAGCGGUUCAAGAAUGGCUACGACGAGGAGCUGCAGAAGCGCCUCAUCGAGCCCGAAGACGACGAAGAGGCGGCUCGACGCGCCACCCUCGCCAAGCAGCAUGGAAAGUACGGGAAUCAGGUCGGGGAGCUGCUGAGUCGAAGCAAGCAGGGCAGCCAGCUCUACUACGAGGUCAAGUGGGAGGGCCUGGAUGACCCAAAGCAGAACACCAUGGUGUCCCUGAAGACUUUGAGGGACAUGAGCCUCGACAAGGUCGUGAUCGCCUGUGACGAGCGAAUCGCCGCCAAGGCUGCCGGAUUGGACCAGAGGCCACUGACUCGAAGAGAAAUCACCAAGCACUGCGAGGCCUUCGGCAUUGACGAGGAGAUGUGCUGCAACCAGCAGAUUCGAGGAUUCUCUGCUGGCCAGAAGGUGCGCCUGUCGUUGGCUGCUAUGUUCUGGACGAAGCCCCAUUUCAUUGCCGUGGAUGAGCCCACGAAUUACUUGGACGUCGAGACGGUCGAAGCUCUGGCAAAGGCCUUGAACAACUUCAGAGGAGGCAUCCUGAUGAUUGAGCCCAAGAUGGACUUCGUCGAGAAGGUUUGCAAUGAGACCUGGACCCUGGAAGAUGGCAAGCUCAAGGUGGAGAAGCUUGACAACGGCCUGAAGCGUGUGGCGUGA